CUGUGGUUUAGCUUUUGCCAGGAGGAUAUGCAAAAGUUGAGGGAGGGUGGAUGAGAAUUAAAUGAUUUCUUUUUCAUGUGCCUGGGAGGAGCCCUUUAUUCCAGCCCCUGCCCAAUUCCAUUAAAAGCAAUCACUCCCCCUGGACAGCCACAGAGCAGGUUCAUUUGCAGGGAGCUACCAUGGCUGAUAAAUCCAAAUUUAUUGAGUACAUUGAUGAAGCUUUAGAAAAAUCUAAAGAAACUGCACUUUCUCGUUUAUUUUUCACCUAUCAGGGGAUUCCUUACCCCAUCACCAUGUGCACCUCAGAAACUUUCCAAGCGCUGGAUACAUUCGAAGCCAGACAUGAUGACAUCGUGCUAGCAUCUUAUCCAAAGUGCGGUUCAAACUGGAUUCUCCACAUUGUCCAUGAAUUAAUAUUUACUGUUUCUAAAAAAAAGUAUGAAUAUCCAGAAUUCCCAGUUCUUGAAUGUGGGGAUUCAGAAAAAUAUCAGAGAAUGAAAGGCUUUCCAUCACCAAGGAUUUUGGCAACUCAUCUCCACUAUGACAAAUUACCUGAGUCUAUCUUCAAGAAUAAAGCCAAGAUAUUGGUAAUAUUUCGAAAUCCUAAAGAUACGGCAGUAUCUUUUUUCCAUUUCCACAACGACGUCCCCGAUAUUCCAAGCUAUUGCUCUUGGGAUGAAUUCUUCAGACAGUUCAUGAAAGGACAAGUUUCUUGGGGAAGCUAUUUUGAUUUUGCAAUCAAUUGGAACAAACAUCUUGAUGGCGACAAUGUUAAGUUCGUAUUGUAUGAAGACCUGAAAGAGAAUCUGGCUGCUGGAAUAAAACAGAUUGCUGAGUUCUUGGGAUUCUUUCUAACUGGGGAGCAAAUUCAAACUAUCUCAGUCCAGAGCACCUUCCAAGCAAUGCGUGCAAAAUCUCAGGACACACACGGUGCUGUCGGCCCAUUCCUUUUCCGCAAAGGUGAAGUUGGUGAUUGGAAAAACUUGUUCAGUGAAACUCAGAACCAGGAAAUGGAUGAAAAAUUCAAAGAGUGCUUAGCAGGCACCUCCCUCGGAGCAAAGUUGAAGUAUGAGUCAUAUUGCUAG